GGAUGGUCGGAUGCUGUUUGACUAUUUAGCUGAGAAGCAUGGUUUUAGGCAGGAGUACCUAGAUACACUCUACAGGUAUGCAAAAUUCCAGUAUGAAUGUGGUAAUUACUCAGGAGCUGCAGAGUAUCUCUACUUCUUUAGGGUUCUGGUUCCAGCAACAGACAGAAAUGCUUUGAGUUCUCUGUGGGGAAAACUGGCAUCUGAAAUUCUGAUGCAGAAUUGGGAUGCUGCCAUGGAAGAUCUCACAAGACUAAAGGAGACAAUAGAUAAUAAUUCUGUCAGCUCUCCGCUGCAGUCUCUUCAGCAAAGAACAUGGCUCAUCCACUGGUCUCUGUUCGUGUUUUUUAAUCAUCCUAAAGGGAGAGACAAUAUCAUUGACCUUUUUCUCUAUCAACCACAGUAUCUCAAUGCAAUUCAGACAAUGUGCCCACAUAUCCUCAGAUAUCUGACCACUGCGGUCAUUACAAAUAAGGAUGUUCGAAAACGUAGGCAAGUGCUGAAAGAUCUAGUAAAGGUUAUUCAGCAGGAGUCCUACACGUACAGGGACCCUAUCACAGAGUUUGUGGAAUGCUUGUACGUUAAUUUUGAUUUCGAUGGUGCACAGAAGAAGCUGAGAGAGUGCGAAACAGUGCUUGUGAAUGAUUUCUUCUUAGUGGCAUGCCUUGAGGAUUUCAUUGAGAAUGCCCGUCUCUUUAUAUUUGAAACUUUUUGUCGCAUCCAUCAAUGUAUCAGCAUUGGUAUGUUGGCAGAUAAACUAAAUAUGACUCCUGAAGAAGCAGAAAGAUGGAUUGUCAAUCUAAUUCGAAAUGCACGAUUAGAUGCCAAAUUGGAUUCAAAGCUGGGCCAUGUAGUCAUGGGCAACAAUGCAGUCUCACCUUAUCAACAGGUGAUUGAAAAGACCAAAAGCCUGUCUUUUCGUAGUCAGAUGUUGGCUAUGAACAUUGAGAAGAAAUUGAAUCAGAGUGGUAGAUCUGAGGCACCUAACUGGGCUACUCAAGACUCUGGCUUCUACUGAAAUACUUCUGCAAGAGUGGGGGGGGAAAAUCAGUUUUUAUUUGACUAAAAAGCACACAAAUAUGUAACUUUUUUGAGAAAAGGUAAUGAAGUAUUCCAUCUAACACUACUGAAUAAAAUUGGCUAACUUUAACAGUC